ACAUUCAGAGCCAGCAGUCGAAGGACGAAACCUCCAGCGAAUUAAUAAGAAUCCAUCGAUUCCACCAUGGUUCGGAGCAGGAUUCUGAGUAAUUCGGCCAAGCAGGCUUCGAUGAAUGCCUAUCAGCAGUUGUGGCAGCAGCAGCAAUUCGCCCGCGGUCCAUUGGUUGCCGCAAUGCCAGAGUAUUGGCAUUCCGUGUGCAACAAAAUGGGUGGCGCCAUGCCGCGAAUGGCGGUGAUAGCUCCGCCGGAAGUCAGUAGCCGGAAAUUGAGUCGCCUGCGCCGUCAGCUGAUGAGAUCCCCUCGAGAAACCGCUCCGAUUCAGAGCUUCAUCCCAAACUACGGACUGCAAUUUCAAAGGGGCCAUCCCAGCGCCGGAAAUGCAUCCUGUCCAAGUCGAAGCGCUUCCAAGGUAGCGCUACUGACGCCAGGUUGCAUCCUGGCUGCUUGUCAAAACCAGUGCUACGAUGGGGUUCCAGCAGUAGGAGUUGCAUCCACGCCGCAGCAGCCACAUCUUCAUUUGAAUCAAGGCCAUUUGUUCCAUUAUCCGGGGGCAGCUAGUGCUUUGCACUGGCAACAGCAGCAACAUCAAGUGCAGCAGCAGCACAAGCAACUUCUGCUGCAGCAGCAACCGAAGCCAGCACCAGUUGGUAUUUUGAAGAAUUCUCCAAGAGCUGGAGCUGGUCAGCAGUUCAAAGGUGAUUGCCAUACCGUCAGUCCCCCGAAAACGAAGAAAGUGACAAUCAGGAACACGAGUGACACCCCUUCUUCAUACCGAAAACCCAUAGUGGAGCAAAUCAAACUUAAGCCCGUCGUUCCACCGAAGCCAAAUAAGCGAUCCAAACUGAAUACACUGAGAAAAGAGCGCCAGCAACUACAGCACUUGCAACUGCAACAUGAGCUACUCAAACAGCGUGAGUCCAUGCAGAAUCAAAAAGAGCAAUUGAAGCAAGUGCAUCAAAGCAGUCUACAGCACCAAAAUGAUUCAAGAAAGCAGCCACAAAAUCAGAAAACCCAUCUGGAACCAAAUACAUGUGAGAGCUUCAAUUUUGGGAAAUUAGCAGACCGUUUUAUGAAAGGUUUUAGCUGCGAUUCAGAUACGGAAACUCCCAUGUUUGCGGCAGCCAAUGCUGAAAUCAAACCAAUUAAUCAAGGAAAUGACAAACCAUAUUCGAAGAACUUUUCCUAUGAGGGAACAGAACUCAAAGCGAAACCGGAAAAGUUGGAGUUGCCAUCAUCGCCGGGCUUGUUUGAUCGCUUUUCCAAAAGAUUGGAGUUGGAAAACGAUAGCAGCACAAUUACCCUGACGACAGAGCAGAAUCAGUCGAAACCGCCUUACCAAAGUCGCACUUCCUUGAGCGACAAGGCCACGAAUACUGGGCCCGAUCCUCUGAAGAACUAUCUAAAGCCUGGUCCGCAGAAAGCCACAUCGACCACCUCAGCAACUAGCAAAGGAUCGCGGAAAAUGAACAUCAACGAGCUGCUGCGGAAAGAAAAAAUCAAGGGCCUGGAUGACAAUCCCAUGUGGCACUCGCUGAUGCAACUGGUGGCUCACAUGUGUGAGGCCAAGGAGCAUGAGAAGGGCGAUCGGGAACAGAAGAGUCGAUUAAGGGCGGGAUCUGGCACGGAUGGUCUUCAGAAACAAUACUCUGUUUACCUAAUGGUUACCUCUGACGAAGAAGACGACGAAGACGACGACGACGACAGUAAGUUGACCAAGACCAAUGGUGAACAGAAAGGCAGCGCUCCAAAAUUGGGUAGCCAUCAGGGGAUUCAUGGAGGCAACGAGUACGUCGAGCGGUGUAGCAAUGUCUACCAGGCGGAGCAUCCCAGGCUCGUUCGCCGUAAACGGACGAGGAAGAGGCUGAAUCCCCGCCUGCGUGAACUUGCCAUUCCGUAUCCCAGUACGCAGACUCAGUUGCCAAUGAGAAGGCCACUGCAUUGGCCCAAGCCAGAUUACUCCAAGCCACCAGGUCGCUCCAGUCGUACCCGGAAUCCAACUCGAUCCCAUGCUCGAUCCCACUCCGCAGCCAAGCCGCUUGUGGGCAAGCGCAGUCAGAGGUCCUUGAGAGCAACUCUCGACGAGAAGCGCAGCUGGCGCUUGUGGCAGGACCUUCCGAUGACCGCCAAAGCUCUGAACAAGGCAUAUAGUCGCAUGCUGAGCCUAUCAGGAGCCAACCGAACCUCCGCGGAGAUAUAGAACAGCUAAAGCUUGUUUUGUUAACCGACAGACCAACUCGGAUCAACGAGGAGCACCAAAGUGCAGCUUUGUUAGCCCAAAGUUAUGCGAUGAUGACAAAGCUGACCUUUGGUUUUCGUCUUUGAACCGAGAUAUUAUUACUGCUACAAUAAAAGACUGCUUUC